GCAAGAAGAAGAUGGAGGUGGAGACGAUGCUGGAGGACGACGUCUUCUUCGCCGAGCUCAGCAAGCGGAUAUCGCUGCUCAUCACCGACGACGACGAGACCGACUUCGCCGCCGCCGCGCAGUUCAUCCCCGCCGCCACGCCCAUCCCGGGAUUCGCGUCGCUCGCCCAUGUGUCGCGGCAGCAGGGCGCGUCGUCGAUGCUGGCGGCGCCACCGGCCUACACGUUGUUCCACCACGCCGCCAGCUACGGCGGCGGCGACACCGCCAGGGCGUGGCAGCAGCAGCAGCAGGGCGGCAACAAGGGCACCGGCGUGUUCAUCCCCCGGUCCACGCCGGGGUCCGCGCACAACAAGAAGAGAGGCAAGAACAAGGGCGGCUCCAACGCCGCCACGAACAAGGCCGGGAGCGGCGCCCUAGCAGCCGGCGCGCCCGGCAAGAAACGGGCUUGAUCGUGGGGUAUCUCCUCAUGAAUUCAAAACGGAAAAAAGGAAAAAAGAAGCACAACUAACUCCAGAUGCAGUGCAACGCAACGCAGUGCUUAAUUGUCAGUGGAAUCAGUGGGAUUAAUUAGUCUGUUCAAUUAAUUAGUCAAUUAUGUACUAUUCUGAUAUGGUAAUUGGUAAAUAACCAUUGUUACUCCCCAGGGUCAAAUGUAUAAUCUGAGCCCUAGGGGAGGAAUAUGGGGGGCACCACCGCACAAAAAUAAAAAAGCUGUAUGUACAGUAAGCUAGUGACUGGUGUGCAUGAGGUGGUGCCGUGGCUUUUCUUGGCUCGAUUUGUUCAUUAUUCCUUGUAUUUCUUUCUUCCCCCAUUUUUGUAAGAUGAAGAAAUGAAUUGGAUUGGUGUACUAGUAA